AUGCCAGCACCUCAGGAUCCUCAACAUUUGCCUAUUAGGCAACAGAUGGAAGCACUUAUCCGUCGUAAGCAACAAGAGAUCACUCAAGGUCUAGAGAGUUUAGAUACCGUCAAGUUUACUGCUGAUUCUUGGACUCGUGGUAACGAUGGUGGUGGAGGUACCUCAAUGGUUAUCCAAAACGGUGAAACUUAUGAAAAAGGUGGUGUGAAUGUCUCUGUUGUCUACGGCCAGCUCUCUCCACAGGCGGUUACGGCUAUGAAGCAUGAUCAUAAGAAUUUGAACCUGGUAAGCGAUCCUGCUACUGGUGCUCCUCAUGCGGAUGGUGUCAAGUUCUUUGCAUGUGGUCUAAGUAUGGUUAUUCAUCCUCAUAAUCCUCAUGCUCCAACUACGCAUUUGAACUACCGUUAUUUUGAGACUUGGAACCCCGAUGGAACUCCACAGGCUUGGUGGUUUGGUGGUGGUGCCGAUUUGACUCCUUCGUACUUGUAUGAGGAAGAUGCCAAGUUGUUCCACCAAACUCACAAGGAUGCUUUGGACAAACACGACAAAGAGUUGUACCCACGUUUCAAGAAAUGGUGUGAUGAGUACUUUUACAUCACUCAUCGUGGUGAAACUCGUGGUAUUGGUGGUAUUUUCUUCGAUGAUUACGAUGAGAGGGAUCCACAAGAGAUCUUGAAGAUGGUUGAGGACUGUUUCGAUGCUUUCUUGCCUUCUUAUUUGCCAAUCAUCGCAAAGCGUAAGGACACUCCAUACACUCCUGAGCAAAAGAAGUGGCAGGCCAUUAGACGUGGUAGAUACGUCGAAUUUAACUUGAUCUACGAUAGAGGUACUCAAUUCGGUUUGAGAACUCCUGGUUCUCGUGUAGAGUCCAUCCUAAUGUCAUUGCCUGAAUACGCCUCAUGGCUUUACAACCAUCAUCCAGAACCGGGUUCUGAAGAGGAAAAAUUGAUCAAAGUGACUACGAAGGCCAGAGAAUGGGUUUGA